AUGAGUAACAAAGUGAAAGAGGAACUGAUAUAUGAAGAUAUGCGGAAGAAACAUCCAGGGGUAGGGAGUGCUAGAACAACAAAGGAAGAGUGGUCUAAUACGAUAAGCAAGGACACAUAUGCCAGCUUGGCUAUUCAUCAGAACCUUUUAGAGUAUUACACAUUGGCGUCAGGAUUCCCUUCCAAACGGGAUGCCCAACUAACACUGUUACGAAAACUUGCAAACCCGCCAAAACCAAUCAAAAGGGAUAUUGGAAACGAUUAA